CGAAAGGCAAAGGCGCCAAGCCUUCAGUAGUAAUCCGAUGGCAGAGAGGGUAUGUCGUACUUGACGUACUGCGAAUAAAACUACGAUAAACUAUGUCAAAUGUUGUUGAAAACACAACGAUUCUUUGAAGAGUUCUCUUAGCGAACGUACCUUCGUUUAUCAAUUGUAAUAAUUUUAUAUUUUAUCGCAAAGUGAGUGGAAAUACCGAGUGUUGAAAAUAUUCGUUAUCUGUUAGCCGUUUGUUUGUUUGAUUUUUUUUUUCUCUUCUCUAUCAUUCGUCAUCCACCGUGAUUGAACUGAUAUUAAAAUAUUAUAUCGGAGUAUACAAUGUCAAGUAGCGUGUGUCAUGCACCGCUACCAGCACGAAUGGAAGCGUUUACCACGAGGUUGUGUCUUCGGGCUGUUGACCAGUAUGAACGACUACUUCAAGCACACUUUAACAAGCCCUCCAGUAAGGAGCAGCCACGUUUGAGGCAUGGAUCUUCAUCGCCCAAGGAGCAGCGACGUCAAAGAGAAACGCCUGGAUCUUAUUCGGCUGUUAGUGCAUUCCGACAAUGGAGGAGAAGCACUUCCGUUGGUAAUCGAUCAGGUUCAUCGGUCACAGGGUCUGGAUCAGCGCACGCAAAACUUCCCAACGACCCAGCAACGGUACGAAGACUCGAACAAUUUCCUCUUGUGCUUUCCGACACAUCAAUGCCAGAUGAAGAUUUAUCCUUAAAAUUUCUCGCCCUGAAUGCAUUGGAUUUGACUGCACCAGCUAGCGAUAUUCUUUUGAAAAAUCGAUUAAAAUCGUGGUUCCAAUUAUCCGGACAUCCCGAUGGUUUCGCUCCAGCUGGCCCUGGAACGGUUUGGAAAAGGCGUACGGGAGGAGCAGAAAAUACCGAGCGUAUGGUUUACGAAGCGUUGAGCAAAGAUGAGACAAUGAGAGAUUGCGUGCCCCGUUAUUACCGAGAAGUUGAAUACAAGGGCGAUACCUUCAUAGAACUUCAAGAUUUACUGUUUGGAUUUAACGAUCCUCAUGUAAUGGAUAUAAAAAUGGGAACUCGUACUUUCCUUGAGUCUGAAGUUUCGAAGACAACAGCUAGGCCUGAUCUUUAUCAGAAGAUGGUUGCGGUCGAUCCGGAUGCUCCAACUAUUCAGGAGCACGAAGAGAGGGCUGUUACAAAAUUACGAUACAUGCAAUUUAGAGAACAACAAAGUUCUACUUGUGAUCACGGAUUUCGAAUUGAGGCUAUGAAACUACCUGGUGGUCCGCCAAUCACGGAUUUGAAAAAAGUCAAAUCUCACAGUGAGGUUCUUAGUACUAUGGCCGGAUUUCUAAAAGGACGCGAGAACACACGCCAAAAAUUACUUGAACGCCUGAGAAACUUGAGAACCAAGUUCCAAGAAUCAACCUACUUCCAAACCCACGAGGUGAUUGGUAGCAGCAUUUUUAUGAUAUAUGAUGAGGACAAGGUGGGAGUAUGGCUUAUAGACUUUGCCAAGACUUGUCAAGUCUCAGAUGGUCGGAAACUAACUCAUAGAGCAAAAUGGGAGCAAGGAAAUCAUGAGGAAGGAUUUCUCCUUGGUAUGGACAAUUUGAUUUCAACCAUCGAAGAAGUUGACAUCUCUUAAUGGAUACACCUGCGCUUCGUUUGACUGACACACAUUUAUUUUUAUUACAUUAAUUAUAUUACAUUAUAAAUUAUUGUCUAGCCAUAGAUGUACAGAAAGUUCUCUGGUCUGAUUAUUAUAUUAGCUCGUAAAAUGCAAUUAUUUAUAAAAAAAGAUUUCUAUAAUAAAUUACAUUUGAAUAUUAUCUUA